AUGUCAAGCGAUGAUAUUAUGAUAAAACGACGCCGUGUUGCAAGAGCAUGCGAUACCUGUCGAAGAAAAAAAGUCAGAUGUGAUGGGGUACAACCUGGAUCCGAUCCACCCUCAUGUACUAAUUGUAAGGCAUACGGAUAUGAGUGUUCGUUCAUCGACGCACCCAAAAAACGUGGUCCACCCAAAGGCUACAUCGAAGCACUCGAAACCCGAUUAAAACGCAUGGAAUCGAUACUCGGCGGUCUCGUACAAUCGGGCGAGCUUCCCGAAGGUUCCGUCUCGUCCGGUACUCUUGAAUGGAUCAACGUUAGCGAACAUAAUUUCGCAUCGGGUGCUCCCGUUCGAAGAGAAGGAACAUCACCUCAACAAUUCCUCGGCUCGUCGCGAACGAGUAAUGCAUCCGAGAAUGGAUUCUAUAAAUCAAAUAAUUCAAGUGAUAGCGAAGAAAAUAGUUCUCCAGUCUCGAGAGAUGACGAAGGAACCGGUUACGAUCUUAACGACUCGAUGGGUCAGCUGGCCAUUGAUGAAAAUGGCGAAACAAGAUAUUUGGGGAAUAGUUCUGGCAUAUUUGUUUUAAAAAUUACCAAGAACAUAGCCGAUGGUCAGUUGCUUAACGUAUCGAGGGGCGAUUUGCACGUACCCGAUCCCGAUGAGAUAAAGAGCAAACGACCAAUCGAAAUUGCUUUACCUUCGCGGGAGUUGUGCGACGAAUUGGUUGAUGUAUAUUUCCAAGCAAUCCAUCCAUGCAUUCCGUUCGUCGAUAAGACGUAUUUUAUGGAAAAGUACAAGGAUUUGGAGAACAACCCUCAGAUUCUAGUUUUAUUGUUUGCUAUAAUGUCUGUUGCAGCUCGUCAUAUCGAUCGACCGGCUGUCAGACUGCAUCCCGACGAACCAUCUACAGCAGGAGACCGAUUUUUUUACAGAGCAAAAGAGCUUCUCUCGGAUGACUUUGACGAAUCAAACAUAAUUACCUUGCAAGCACUUUUAGUCAUGGGCAUGAACCAACAAGGAAAGAAGAAUUCUCGUUCUUGGCUAUAUACUGGCUUGGCCAUCAGAAUGGCUCAAGAUAUGGGAUUACAUAGGGAUUCUUCGAAAUGGAAUUUAGAUGCUAGACAAGCGGAAAUUAGAAAAAGAUUAUGGUGGGCCUGUUUCGUGAGUGAUCGCAUCGUAUCGGCUGGAUUAGGUCGGCCUGUAGUAAUUCAAGAACAAGAUUUUGACGUACCAUUACCCGUUUCCGGAGCACUCCCCGAAGACGAUCCGAUCGGGAUCGAAGCAUGGGUAAAAACCAUACAACUCACUGCAAUUCUCGGCCGUGUAAUUCAGCACGUCUAUUGUAUAAAAUCAAAAACCAUCUCGUCACCAAAUAGCGAGUCGAUUCUUGCAGAAUUGGACGAUGAAUUAAAUCAAUGGCUAGACUCAUUGCCGGAUUAUAUGAGAUACGAGCCGUCCAUGUCACUUGUGGACCCGAAGAAUCAGAAACGGGCAUUUUUCCAUUUACUAUUUUACACCAUUCAGAUCUUGUUACAUCGACCGUAUAUCAAACCGAGAUCAAAAGGACCACCGAGUUCCAUUCCGUCUUUGACGAUAUGUACCAGGGCCGCCAACAACAUAACGCAUAUUUCAUAUAGAUCGAUGAAAGAGGGUGCUUUGAAAGUUAGCUGGACUCAUAAUCUGUAUUUCUUCUUUACGGCUACUGUAAUGCACAUAAUUAACGCGUUGAGUGGUGAUGAGCGAUUUAGAGAAGUUGCAAAGCAAGGUUUGCGCAUGUCGCUCAAGUGUCUCGAGAAAUUAAGACCGUUCUGGUGUGCUGCGGACAAGUGCGUAGGUGUGAUAAGUGAUCUUCUCAGAACACGAGGAAUCGACCUUGACGGCCACAACUCUACCGGGAAAUCCUAUAGCCCAAGCGAGCCUAUGAAAUUGUCAAGCGUUAGCACAGUGAAUAAUCGUUCUUACGAAUCACCAGCAUCCAAUCGUACGAUUACAUUUGCUCCAUCGCCAACUGCCCAGUUACACCCGCCGACUACACCAACCGUGCCGUCAUCAACAGCAGAUUUCAGCAUGUCUCAGCAGAUAAUGGCAGAGAUUAACAGUAAUGCCAACUAUUCUCCAUCGUCGGCAUCGUCAGGAUCGUCGAAUUUUGUAAAUUUCGGAGAAUUUUUAUCAAGCGAUACUUCUGAUGCAUUCUUUCCGCCGAACGCGGAUGCAUUUGCUGUUGACGUGUCGGGCUUUAUUUUCAAUGAAGAGGACCCGAUGGGAAAUGGAAGUCCUUUAUGGACCAUUCCGUCUUCUUAUGAUUUUAAUGAUUGGUCAGACUAUAUUAGAGGAGUCACAACAGGACUGGGAUUGGGAAGCGAUGUUGCAAGGGUUUUGAGUGUUGGAGAGUGCGAGGAGAUGUGA